UUCGGUUGCCGCAGAGCAGGACACCAGGAGCUUAGAACAAAUAUUGUCAUGGAUGACUCAGUGCUUGAGUAAUUAGAUUUGGCGGCUUUCUGAGUCACGAACUUGAUGCGCGUCUACCGCUGUAGCCUGCUCUUGGAUUAUUGUCAUUUUGCCAACACCGGUGAUGGAAUAGAUGAUGUCGGAAGUCCAAGGCACUGUUGAGUUCUCGGUCGAGCUGCACAAGUUUCACAAUGUGGAUCUGUUUCAGAGAGGCUUCUAUCAGGUGAGGGCAGGACUGCGUGUUUCACCUCGAGUUCCCCACAGAAUCACUGCCAAAACACCUGGAUACACAGGAGAUUGUAGUUUCAGCAGUGCAGGGGUUCAUGAUGGUGCGGCGUUCAGCCGGAUCUUUCAGAUCCUCUACAGGAACGAGGAGGUGACCCUAGAGGACCACAUGAACUUCAGAGUUCACCUGCUUCUGGAUGGAGAGAGGGUGGAGGAAGCCAUGAGUGAGGUGGAUGUUCAGCUGAAACUAGAUCUGCACUUCACUGACAACGAACAGCAGUUAUCAGAUAUAUCGUCAGUGCCUCUGAUCAGCAGCAGGAUGUUGGGUCUACACUUCCAUCCACACCGCGGCCUACACCAUCACUUGCCCGUCAUGUUUGACUAUUUCCACCUGUCUGUCAUCUCCGUCUCCAUCCAUGCCUGUCUGGUGGCAUUACACCAACCACUGAUCAGUUUUGCGCGGAGUGGUAAAGGUUCGUGGCUGGGUAAAGGAUCUCCAGAGAGUGAGGCUCCGCCCUCGAUGAUGUCAGUGGAGAAUCUUAUGUUUGGGGCAGGGUAUUGCAAACCUGUUCCAACAGAGGGCAGUUUUUACGUGCCAUCGGAGAACCGUCUGCAGAGAGCGUACACGUGGCAUUGUCGCAUCUGUAAACUGUUGCUGGCUGCACACAGAGGCCUGCGCUCCUAUUACACAGCACUAAUGAAGGAGAUUCCUCAACUGCAACACAUAGAAAUGGAAGACCUUCCCGUUGAAGAAACAUUAAACGAGCUCACCAUUGAACUGCAGUUGCAGAGUGGUCAUGAGAAGGUAGCAGAUCAGAUCAGUAAACAUCUGAUGCAGUUUUGUGCUCAACUGUCUGCAGUUUGGACACAGUUUUUGGAAGCCAUGGUUCCCAAUCCACAUAUCCGCUCUUACCUGGCCCAGGAGCACCAUACGCUCAGGGUCAGGAGAUUUUCUGAAGCUUAUUUCUUCACUGAACAUUCCAAAGAGUCCUCACUCACAUUUCAGGAGGAACUUAUAAACAGACACGCACAGGUAGCUGCAGAGAUACGGAACUCUGAUUAUCUGCUCCAAAUGCCCCCACUUCCUGUGGAAUGCUUGGACAUCGAUGGAGACUGGAGCAGCCUGCCAAUCAUCUUUGAGGAUAGAUAUGUGGACACGCCCUGUUUAGAUUACACCAUCCAUGUGCCAAACCAGUCGGUCUCAAAUUCUAAUGCCUGUCCAGACCCAAAUAGGAUGGAAGACCAUACAAACCAAGUACAAACCCCCUGUAAAGAUUGCACGGGUCUGCCCACAUACAAGGCUCUGACUGUUCAAGAACAUGGUUGCUCCACAGACUUCAAAGAGACCAGAGCUCAAGCAGAGAGUUUGAUUGGCUGUGUGGGCGAGACAGAUAUUAACAGAAGCGAACAUAUCUAUGAGACAUUCACAACUAGCUCUGGUUCAAGAUUUGAGUCUGUUGAUGAAGAAACAUGCCAAUAUGAAACUGAGGAAGAAAUUGACCAAAUAGACUGUAGGUCUGUAGACAGCAUUGAUUCAAUACAUAUAGUUAAUUGUAUACCAGGUAAUGUAGAGAAAACUGGUUACCAAACAGAAGCAAGUGACUUAGCUGAUCAGAGUGAGAAGAGUUGUGUUCAAUCUAAUCAUGCAAGUUUGAAACAAACAAAAAUUACCCAAAGUAGUAGCAGAAAGACUUUGUUGCUUGUUCUGACAGAAUCUGCAGAACUUCCUGAUCUCACCAGUAUUGACAGCAAUGACUCCCUGCCCAUUCAUAACCAUGACAACCAAUUAGAAACAACAGGCAAUAAUGGGACCCUUGGCAAUGAGGAGCCAAACUCAGUAUUGGAUGACAAAAACAUCGAAGUACCAGCAAAGUAUUUUGGGAGCGAGGAAACAUCACCGGCUAGUCUACUGAACGUUCACUCUCCAGAAAACGACCCUAUAGGUACAUGCCCUUCACUUAAUACCCUACAGCAGAUCCGUCGCUUGUCAGAAACCCCACCCAGGGGUGUAUUUUUGGGUGGGUCUAAGCUAAUGAACCGCUCUUCAUCUGUAAUCUCAGACUCUGGCAUUGAAAGUGAGCCAAGCUCCAUGGCCUGGACUCUGGAGGGACGAGGAGUCAUCACAAUGGGCCGUGAUGUCUUGCAAAACCUGGCCUGGCGUCGGGUGACACACCAGAGGUCACUGGAGGGGCUACUAACGGAAAGUCACGGCAGCUUGCUGAGCACCACGCAAGCUUCUCUGACCUCCAUAAGCUCUCUGCCAUACGAAGAGGAGGAGACACAACUCAACACUCUCACCAAAUCCACCUCAGCGCCGCAGAUCAGCAGCCCUGAUGACACAGAGGAUCGUGAAAUUCCCAAUCAGGAGAAGAGGACCGUUUGUGAAGCCAAUCAGGAGAGGCAGAGUAACGAAGCAGCCAAUGAGGCCAAGCAGAAUCUACAAGCUGUUACAAUGGAGGACAGAACUGAAACACCCAAUCAGGAGAAGAAGAGCUUCAGUGUAGCCAAUCAGAUGAGGCAGAGUGAUGAAGCAGUCAAUGAGGUGAAACAGAAUGUGCAAGCUGUUCCAAGGGAGGACAAAAAUAAAACUAAUAAUCAGGAGAUAGACAGGGAUGAGUUAUCCAAUGAGGAAACGGCUGACAAAGACAAAGUUGUGCCAGAAAUGUUGCUAUAUCAGCAAUUAGUGAUGGAUGAUGCUGUAGAAAAUGCCACAGUGGAUGAACUGACUGAUAAUUUAGAAGAUUAUUCUGGUCUCACAGAUGAAAACGCAGAGCUUUGCAGUUACGAAAUGGAACUUUGUGAGCACACGGGGGCACUAGAGUUGAAGACGUAUCAAAAGGAAUCUGACAACAUUAGUGUCCAUCAAAUUCAUUUGAAUGAGCUUGAGGAAGUAAGUAUGGAGAACCUCCCUGAUCCACCAAUUAGUGACAAGAACAAUCACGAAAUUACGACCAAUGAGAGGGAGAGACCUACUCAUCUCAUCGAACUUCCAGCCAAUGAGAGAGAGCAGCAGGCGCUAGAGGGGCAGAGCAGAACCAAUAAGCUUCAGAGUUCGGGUCUGGCAUUUGUCAAUAAAAAGGUGGUCGAGGUCGUGAACCUGUCAGUGUCGUGCGCUCCAACCUGUCUGCCUUUUUCAUCUGUACUCCGUGAUUCGCCUUCGGUCAGUGGAAUCUCCACCCGUCAAGCCACCUCUCCCAUUACACAUCAACCCCUUGGCUCGUUUGGAAUCAUUUCCUCUUCCCCUUCCUCUGGUGAUGAGCAGGAAAUCAAUGAGAGGAUGAUCAACUUCUAUAAGGCCAAAGAAGCCCUGCUGAGAGAGCUAGUGUUUAGAGGUUGUCUGUACAGUGAUCUGCCUUACCUCGCCUCUGAUUACCCAUACUUCCCUCCUGAAGAAGACGACACCGAGUUUGAGGACGGAAUACACCUUGUGGUGUGUGUACAUGGACUAGACGGUAAUAGUGCAGAUCUGCGUUUGGUCAAGACCUUUAUAGAACUUGGGCUGCCAGGAUCUAGACUGGACUUCCUCAUGUCUGAACACAACCAGAUGGACACAUUUGCAGAUUUUGACACCAUGACAGACAGACUGUUGGACGAGAUCAUUCAACACAUUCAGCUGUACAAUCUCACUAUCCACAGAAUCAGUUUUAUCGGUCAUUCUUUGGGGAACGUCAUCAUUCGCUCAGUGCUGACCAGACCCAGAUUUCGCUGUUAUCUCUGUAAACUCCACACCUUCCUGUCUUUGUCUGGACCUCACCUGGGAACACUGUAUAACAACAGCACGUUGGUCAGCACAGGUCUGUGGCUUAUGCAGAAACUAAAGAAGUCUGGUUCUCUACUGCAGCUUACAUUCAGAGAUCACACUGACCCAAGACAGACCUUCCUCUACAAGCUCAGCAAGAAGCCAGGUCUGCAAUAUUUUAAGAAUGUGGUCUUGGUGGCCUCCCCACAGGACCGUUAUGUGCCCUUCCACUCAGCCCGUAUUGAGAUGUGUCGGACCGCACUUAAAGACAGAACCACAGGUCCAGUAUACACAGAGAUGAUCAAUAACUUACUCCAGCCUUUGCUGAGCGCUCCAAACUGCCGUUUGAUCAGACAGAACGUGUUCCACGCAUUACCCAACACGGCAAACACGCUCAUCGGACGCGCGGCUCACAUUGCAGUGCUCGACUCUGAACUCUUCCUGGAGAAGUUCCUUCUAGUGGCCGGGCUCAACUACUUCAAAUAGCCAAUGAAACCACACAUUAGAGACGACCUCAUGUUUUGAGUUCUGUGGGAGAGCCAAUUAGAUUACACUUCAAAAGGCCGAAUCAGCCAACCAGAUUUCUUUUCAGAGAUGGUAAACAGCUCUGGAAUUUUCCAAAAAGUUCAGUCAUUGGACGUGCCAAAACAAAUUGAAGACUCAGAAUGUGGAUCUGAAUACUGUAAAAAUGUGUACAAAAAGGACAUUGUACAGUAAGCAAAUAGAGAAAACGAACAAUUGAAGGCUUACACACGCCUUAAAGAAGCUUUAUAAUUUAGUAACUUGAUGUCGAAUAAUCAUAACUGGAGAGUUAAUUGUCAGAUGAAUGUAAUUUGAAUAUCAUAUAAAUGUACAUUUGGUGUGUAGCUGGUAUCGUAACGAGAACUUUGUUCUCCUUUCCCUCCAGUCGCAUGAACGUGUUUGCAACGGCAUUCGUAACUUGAAGAUACCGCUGGACUCUAAUACUUGAAGAGUAAAUUCACUCAUUUCAAGUCUUGCGUUAUGAAAACGUAUACAUGUUUUUAUGUUUUCAAACGUAUUUAUUUUUACCAAGUCAUUAUUUUAUAGUUUGUGUAUUUUGAGAGGGUUUUGUUUUCAAGUGAAAAUCUCACUGGGAAAAGACAAAUCCAUUGUGUUUUAUGUAUUGUGAUACAUUCUGUAUGCUUCCCUUGUAACCAUAUUCAUUAAUACUUGAUUUGAAUGUGUUUACCAUAUGCAGCCUUAAUUAUAACAAGGCAUGUCAAUGAUUUCAUAUAGUGUCUGUGUACCCCAACAAAAUGUCAAAAAAAUACUUUGUUUGAGUUAUUUUGUUUUUGUUUUCAUCAUUUGAAUUGGCGUCCAUGGCUAUUAUUAAAUAAUUUAAGGAAUAUUCCGGGUUUAAUACAAGUUAAGCUCAAUCGACAGCAUUUGUGGCAUAAUGUUGAUUACCACUGUGUGGAACCAGCCUUAAUAUGUUGGCCAAUCAAAUUGUACCUGUAUUGGUGGGGACUCCACCGGAGGAUAUAUCUGGAGCCAGGGGGGAAUUGGGGGACACUUAAAUGUGUAGCUCAUACAGUAUUUUCAAGAAACGCAUAGUUGUUAAAUAACGUCAUUGUUCCCUCUCGUGACAACCACAAAAACUUUUUCCGAUUUAACCCUUCUUUAAAAAGGGUUUACAGUGAGGCACUUACAAUGGAAGUGAAUCGGGCCAAUCCGUAAACAUUCAAAUACUCACUGUUUCAAAAGAAUAGCCACAAGAUGUCAAAAAUAUGCACGUUAACAUGAUUUUAGUGUGAUAAAAUCGCUUAUACUAUUCUGUGUAAAGUUAUAUCCAAUUUUCCAACUUUUCCAUGACGAUGUACGACUGUUAACCCUACAACAACCGUAAAAAUGACAAAUGCCGAUAACGUUAAACAACGUUACGGCUCAAAUAUCACAUGUUUUAACAGAAUGAAUGUAAAUGCUUUUAUAAAAUUAUAAGCUUCACAUUUCUGCCUUUAAAUCCUUCAAAUAUUUGCCAAAUUCACUUCCAUUGUAAGUGCCUCAAUGUAACUCAACUUUUACUAUUUUUUUUUAAAGGAAAAAGAGGGACGAGCCAGAAUAAUUUUUCUGGUAAUCAACACUAUGCCACAAAAAGCUGACGAUUGAGUUUAACUUCAAUUGAACGUGAAAUAUUCCUUUAGUGAGUGCUUUUAACUCCAUGUAUGCUAUAUAUGCCAACAACGUUUAACGUCAUGUAAAGGCCUUAAAUGGGUUUCCUUUAUCAGGGUGAGGUCUUGAAUGGUUUAAGCAAAAAAACAACGAAUCGACAAACAUUGAUUUUUUUGUCCAAUACCCUGAUGAUUUCAAACCUCAUGUAAACGUUUUUUGUUUGUUUUUUGAAUAAGCUGAUUUAUGAUAAUUAUCAGCAUAUUGGUGUGCGUGUGCAUGAAAACAUGCUCAUUGUGUUUAAAGCCGUAACAUUAAUUUAUGUACAAUUGGGCAGGGUCAAGAGAAUAAAAAAAGGGGUGGGGUCUUUCCAACACCCCCACCAGAAUAUUUAAAGUAUUUCCUUAUUUCCUGCUUUUCUGAUACUCUAUAGAAUAAUACUGUAGGGUUUAAUGAUUUGAUUACUUUUUUAAUGAACUGAAAAACCCUUAUCAGGUGAGCACUAAUCUGAAUAUUGGAAGAAAUGUCCCCCGCUCAAUGUCAAUGGUGGUGCUUCUUUUUUGUCCGAACAUUUUUUUCAGCCUAUUUGCGUGCAUUAUGUUUGUAUGUGUUGUUUGGUUGUCAACAAAACUGUUUACAUUUCAAUGUCAUGGUGUUAGCACUUGUAACAACAUAAAUAUAAGCAAAUAAUAAGAUUACUUUCAUUUUGGGGUAAACUGCCCUCUGAAGUUAUUCCCAAAUAGGUUGUUGUUUGGUUAUCUGCUCCUCAAGGGUAACACUCAGAUAUUUUACUCAACCUCAGGUUUUCCCCUCAUUCAGCAUCUUUAGCUCUAGAUUAUUUGAGUUCUGGGUCUCUUUUGGCUGUGGUCAGCACCGUGUGAUGGGGUUUAUAUCAGAGCAGUCGUGUCAGCAGAGUUAGAAGAUGUCCUUUCUGUCCCCACUGAGCUUUUAUAUGUGCUGACUGGCGCUUGAUUAGUCUGUAAAUACGCUGUUACUAUGACUGACACAAAUGUAAUCCUGCCUCCUGAGAACACAGAGGUCACAUGACUGUGUCACGUGACUCCAAUGCAGCGUUACAGCUAAUAGGGGCCCAUGGCAUAAUGGCCCAUUACCCAUCAUGCUCUUCUGCACUGGGCCUCAGUGUGAGUUUGUUUGUUUGCUUGCUAAUGCGAGCUGAUGGCUGUGUUUGUUAAGCAUAUUAAUUGUGGAAAUAAAGCACCGAUUUACUCUGCAAACACAGACCAAAGGCAACAGCAUGUGCUUGUGUGUGCGCAAGUGUGAAGUACAGGGUGCUAAAAAUUCACCUUAUUUUUCUGGAAAUCUAUAAACAGAUGCUUGAUUCAAAAGUUGAAUUUAUUUAUAAAUAUGAAAUGUUAAAUUAAAAAAAUAAUUUAUAUAUAUAAAUGAAAUGUAAAGAGAGAGAAAGAGAGAGAGAGAGAGAGAGAGAGAGAGAGAGA